AGCGCUUUGUGAAGAGAACCACUCGAACAGUGAUGAGACGGAGAGGGCUUGGCUGUCCAGGAUCUCUGGCAUAUAACGGAAUAUUCGAGAGUUUUAAUGGUUAAAUGACUGUUAUUUGGAAUCAGUUGUUUUGCUCAAACAGCGAUGGGUCAUCUAAGACAAAGAGAAAGCGUUUGGAUUCAGUGCGUAGCGUUGCUUUGUUUAUUUGACUGGUCUGCAACGCAGAUCUCUUACUCGGUUUCAGAGGAGUUGGACAAAGGCACGUUUGUGGGGAAUCUUGCUAAGGAUUUAAACCUUAAUGUUCAGGAACUGGAGUCGAGGGGUCUAAGGAUUAUAUCUGGUUAUAAUAAAAGGUAUUUCGAAGAGAAUUUGAAAACAGGGAUACUGUUCGUUAACGAGAGGAUAGAUAGAGAGGAGCUUUGUCCAAAUACGGUAAAGUGCUCUUUAAAUAUAGAGGCCAUAUUGAGCGAUCCUUCCCAGCUCCACCGCGUUGAAAUUAAUAUUUUAGACAUAAAUGAUAAUGCACCAUCUUUCCUAGAAAGAAUACAUAUGCUUAAUAUCACCGAGGCAGCAUUUUCAGGUGAGCGAUAUCCUCUACCGAUAGCGAAUGACGCAGAUACGGGCAGUAACUCGGUAAACAGUUACAAGCUUAGCCCGAAUGAAUACUUCUCCCUGGAUGUACAGAGCGGUGGAGAGCAGAGUGUGUCUGCUGAGUUAGUGCUGCAGAAAGCUUUAGACCGAGAGAAACAGCCCGUUAUCCAGCUCACACUGACCGCUAUAGAUGGAGGAAAACCUCCUAGAUCCGGGACAUUACUGAUCACAGUUAAUGUGGAAGACGUUAAUGAUAAUGCACCUUCAUUUAGCAAACCACUUUAUAAGGUUAGUGUUCCUGAAAACGUUUCAUCUGGUACAGCAAUAAUAACUCUCACCGCGACGGAUCUUGACGAGGGCGUAAAUGGCGAGAUUAUGUACUCACUAAUAGGUCGAGGUAGUUUAAACCACUCCAAUACAUUUGACAUAAAUUCAGAUACAGGGAUAAUAACUGUUAAGAAAACCAUAGACCAUGAGGUAACUGCCGCCUAUGAAAUUCGUGCUGAGGCGAUGGACCGAGGGCACUCCUCACGGAAAACGUAUUGCAAAGUGUUAGUAGAAGUUAUUGAUGUCAAUGACAAUGCCCCUGAAAUAUCAGUUACGUCACUCAUCAGCCCAGUCAAAGAGGAUGCUGAGAUAGGGACAGUGGUCGCCUUGGUGACAGUAACUGAUAAAGACGGAGGUAAAAACGGACUCACCAACUGUAAGCUUGUUGGGUCUGUUCCUUUCAAAUUGAAUUCGAACUACAAAAACUAUUAUUCGUUAGUGGUCGAUGGGCCUCUGGACAGAGAGAGCGCUUCUCAGUAUAAUGUUACCAUCACAGCUACGGAUGAAGGGACCCCGCCUCUUUCCAGCACCAGCGUCAUUACUGUACAUGUUUCUGAUGUGAAUGACAACGCUCCUCGCUUCUCAGAGCCCGUGAUGAAUGUUUAUGUGAAAGAGAACAGUCCGGUAGGAGACGUCAUUUACACGAUUUCUGCUUUUGAUCCAGAUUCAGAAGAAAACUCAAAGAUUACGUAUACAUUAUUAGAUAAAAGUGUUUCAAUAUCAUCAUCUGUAAAUAUAAACUUGGAUACUGGAGAUAUAGUCAGCCUGCAGUCUUUUAACUAUGAGGAUAUCAAAACGUUCCAUUUUAUAGUUCAGGCCACAGACUAUGGUGUUCCUCCUCUCAGCAGUAACGAGACUGUGAACGUUUUUAUCCUGGAUGAGAAUGACAACAGUCCUGGGAUUCUAGCCCCCUAUUCUGAACACGGCUCCGUUAACACUGAGAACAUUCCCUAUUCUGCUGAAGCGGGCUACUUUGUGGCCAAGAUCAGGGCUGUAGAUGCCGACUCUGGCUACAAUGCGCUGCUUUCUUAUCACAUCUCUGAGCCCAAGGGAACCAACCUCUUCCGAAUCGGAACCAGCAGCGGGGAACUAAGGACUAAGAGGCGAAUGAGUGACAAUGACCUGAAAACUCACCCAUUGGUCGUGUUGGUUUCUGAUAACGGAGAACCCUCACUGUCAGCGACUGUGUCUAUUGACGUAGUAGUGGUUGAAAGUACAGGUGAAAUCCAGACUCAAUUCAGAAAUGUGCCGAGAAAGGAGGAGAAGUUCUCUGAUUUAAACCUGUAUUUGCUGAUCGCCAUUGCCUCGGUAUCAGUGAUAUUUUUACUGAGCCUCAUCAGUUUAAUAGCUGUAAAAUGCCACAGGACAGACGAGAGUUUCAGAAGGUACAGCGCCCCAAUGAUCACCACACACCCUGACGGGAGCUGGUCCUACUCUAAAUCUACUCAGCAGUAUGACGUGUGUUUCAGCUCAGACACAAUGAAGAGUGACGUAGUUGUUUUCCCCGCUCCAUAUCCACCUGCAGAUGCAGAACUGAUCAGUAUUAACGGAAAUGACACCUUUAGCAGGAAUCAAACAUUACCCAACAAAGAGAAGAGCUAA